AUGUCCCGCUGGGAAAGUUUUCCGAUCAGUGAACAAGAACAAGCUUAUCUAGCUGCUACUACAACUACUACCACGUAAGUUUUUUUUCCUAGAAUUUCAGAAUUUCCGGCUGAAAAUUUGGAAUUUUGAGUGGAUUUAUGAUUUUCAGAGCGGAAUUUUAGCCUAGGAAGACUUUCAGUGCGAAAAUGUCAGCCUUAAUAUUUUUCAGGUUGGGAGAAGCCUAAGAUAAGCCUAAGAUGAGCCUAAACUUUUGGACAAGCCUAAGAUGAGCCUAGAUUUUUGAACAAGCUUAAAACUAAGCCUAAGGCUUUGGACAAGCCUAAGAUGAACCAGUUUACCAAUUUCCAAUCAAAAAAAUUUCAGUAAUAAUUUGCAGCCUGAAAAUUUGAAGCCUAAAAUUAUUGUCUGAAAAUAAUAAACUCGAAAUUUCAGCUUAACAUUUUUUAGCAUGAAAAUUUCAGCCAAAAACUUUGCAACUUCAUUGCUCAUUUUAGAAUUGAGCUAACUCAUUUUCAAAAACAGAAUCGUGUUCAACACCCCAAAAUCUACUAAAAAAAGAUUUUCUAUAAAAAAGUCUGAAAAUAUUUUCAGAUCCGACAACACUGCCGCCGCUACAGUAGUCAACACAUUUCGAAAAAAGUCUUGGCGGAUUCAUCCGCCAAGAAAUUUCAGAAACUGGCCAAACCAUCUGUUUUUAUCGAUAUAAUACAGCUGACACAGCUGUACCGUACUUAUGCGAACUUGGAUGUUGUGGACAUGGAUGUUGUACGAUUUCGGAUAUUGCUGCGUAAGUUCUUACGAUACCUACAGUAGCCCUGAAACAUUUUUCGAUGAAUUUUGAGCUACAGUAUCUGGUCCAGAAGUGUAAAUAUUUAAUGAACUUUCAACUUUUCUAUAAUGUUUAUCUUUGUUUCAAAAAAUCUAGAUUUUUUGCGUUUAGGGGUACUGUAGCUCAAAAUUUAGAGAAUUUUUGAGCCAAUAUUUCAGGGAUACAGUAGUUUUUUGGAAUUUCUGAAAAAUCAAUCUAAAACAUGAAAAUUGUCCGGAAAAACCAUACAAAACCAAAAUUUUUCCAGAAAAUCCACAUCCUUCGGCUGGGCUUUGGCACUUCUUGUGA